UGGGGGCGUGCUAAUCAAUGAUCAGGUGUCAGGGGCGCAUCAUCAUGGCCGUCGGGAGCUUAGUCUCUUGUGACGAGUGAUGGUGACUGGAGUGUUAAGAGGAGCUGGAGGACGGCGGGCCCUACCUAGUAGUAGUCUUCUGCGGGAUCUACUGCAGGAGUGAGAGAGAAGAGAAGAGAGAGAGGAAGAGAGAGAGAGAGAGAGAAGACUCGAAUAUCGUAAGGAGGGACAUGUGUCUCCAACCUCUUUGUUUCCCGCGAAGGACCUUCUUCGUCCACGACGUCUCACUGGCGUGAUUCGAACAGUGUUUUCUUUUUCCCCCCCCUUUUUUUUUUCGCUUCAUGCCUCGCCGAGGAGGGGCGUGUGUCCUACCCGUAUCCUAUCUGGACGCAAGGAGUCUCUCCUCCUCGUCCUUUAUCCGAGGAUAAAGGAAGACCAGCAUUAUACAGAGAGGGCAGUGGUGGGAGUGUAGUGAUACUCGGGGAUUUUAGUAGUACUAUGUGUUUGUCCGAGGGUGAUUUGGUCGAGGUGGUUCUGUGCUCGUGAGGAUUUCAUCCGGCGGUUUAUCGAGGACACGCGGUUUGGAUACGAAGGGGAGGCAGCCAAAGGCUGCUGCUGAAGGGAUUAGAGAGAGAGAGAGAGAUAGAGAGAAAGAGAAAGAGAGAGAGAGAGAGAGACUCGAGAAGGGGACAACGCAGAAGGAUUUAACAGCCGAGUGAGUGUAGCGUAAACUCCAGGGGCCUCUCCAGUCCACAGAGAGAAAAAGAGAGACAGAGACAGAGAUAAAGAGGCAAAGAAGAGAGAGAGAGAGAGAGAGAGUUUUGUGCGUGUGUGUGCGCGCUCACCAACCAACCAACCAAACCAUCCAACCUGCUCCUUCUUCUCUCUCCUGGUGGUUGCGGUGGGGGAAACCUGUUGUACGAAGGUUUCGGUUUACACUCGCGGGGAACCAGAGCCUGAACCCACCUUCUCUUGGUGGUGGUACCGUCCAGAGGUAGCAGCAGCAGCAGCACCAGCAGCAGUUCCCCGGCAGGCAAGCCAGCCACUCUCGAAAAAAACCUUCUCCUUGCAGCGGAGGGCGUCGCCAGAGACGAGAGGAAAACUGGAGGCAUCCUUCCAGUGGUCCUCUGACAAAAAGGAAGCACAGAAGAAGGAGAAUAAGAAGAGAGAAAGGUGUCCCCAAAUAACAAGCUCAAACUGCGACGUAGGACCGAGUCUACUAUACCUGUCAGUGUAAGAAUCCUUCUGCUCAGGAACGUACUUAUUAAAUUCGGAUUCUGUCGGUAAACGGACACCAGUUCGUCAGCAGCAAUUAAGGAUUCAUCGAACGUACGAUUAAAACGCAAGUGCCUUCGUCAGGAAGGUGUUCUUGUUGCAUGGAUGUCCAUGAGAUACAGGGCAUAAGAGGGCCUGGUCGUUUCAUAGCAAAAGACAAUAGGAGAGGAGGAAGGGCGGCUUCCUGAGCUGUCGCAGCGUACCGCUGCUGCUGGUACGCCUCCCGAAAGAACAGGUGGCUGCAGUUGGGGCUUCUUCUUCUCCUCCUCACGUAAGAAAAAGUCAUCAACAAAAAACUCCUUCUCCCACUGCUAGGCGGAGCCGUAUGGCAAGCCUUCGCUGACAGCCAACCCAGAGAUUAAAAAGAGGGAGAGAGAGAGAGAGAUAAAAACAAAACAAAAAAUCGCAGUCGCCAGCGGUCGGGUCUUCGCGCGACGGGGUGAGAAAAGAAAAAUGUGAGUUCGAAAGCUCUUUUUCGAAGUCCAAGAAGGUCCAAGAACUGGGUUCUCAAAGACUGUGCGUUGUGUUCCUCGACAGCCAGUGAGCGGGAGGCGGUUGGAAGGGACGGCCCCAUGGCAUAGCGCUGGGAUAAGCGGUGAUAGCAUUUCUUAGAGCUGAAACUAUACCCACCACUAUUAUUACUACUACUACUACUACUACAGUUUUUUAAGGGCACGAACUCGAACCAAAACAGCAAAGAUGGUGUCUGUUCUCCCCUCCAUGGAUCAUACUUUUACUAGUAUGGUGGACCUCAAUAAGGAGCAGUCAGUUUUGGAUCAGCAGGUGAAGAGGCAGAGACUUGACCCAGAUCGAGACACUAAUCAGCACAGUGUUGGACAUUCGUGGGAUGAACACCUAAGCAGUCGCUGCGAGGUUCCGUCAGUAUCGUCUCCGGCCAGCCACAGCGAUAGUGGUUGUGCUUCGCCCUCCGAGAGUUCUGGCGGAGGCGCAGGUGGUGCCGAAGUUCUUGCGCCCCUCGUCAACCUCGGUCGAGCAGGAGGAGGAGGAGGAGGAGGAGGAGGGGGAGGUGGGGAGUCUAUGGCCAGUUCGUCUUCCACCUCUCCAGCAGCAGCGACUUCGUCAGUGUCUUCCACCUACCACCAGAACAGCAGUGCCGGUGGGGCUCCUCAGCAGCAGCAGCAGCAGCCACAGCAGCAACAGCAACAGCAACAGCAGCAACAGCAGCAGCAACAGCAGCAGCAGCAACAGGCUCCUCUGACAGCUGAUCCAUCUUGGCACACUCCAACUUCUUCAGUUCAUCACAAUAAUAAUAUUUUGCUCGUGAAGGGGGAACCAGUUAACCCGUCGGCUGACGUUUUCACUGAAGCUUUGCCCCCUUACACUCCAGCAGGAACAGACAAACACGAUCUCUCCACGUCACACCUUCAGCAACUCUACUCAAGCACAAUGCAGGCUUACGGAGGUAAUUCGUAUAUGCAACCUGCAGGGUUCUACAAUGCCAUGCCCAAUUCCCAAUACUCCUAUGGCACAGACUAUUUACUAAGUACGAGCAGAGGCCUCAACCAAAGCACGAAAGGCUCCACCUCCACACUGGGAUCCAGCACCCUUGGAUCCUCUUGCCUCGGCUCCACUGGAUCCCUGGGCUCCGCGAGUACCCUAGGAUCCGCCGCAGCCUCUUAUCUUGCCCCCUACAGCUCCUUCGGCAGUAGUAGCGGGUCCCAAGCGUGUCAGAAUCCUUAUUAUGGGACUUCGUAUAAUGCCUCUUUCGCCUCGGGCAACACCCAAAAUUAUACUUCCACGCAACAGGGGCUGGACUCCGCCUACUACUCCGCGGCAGCCUAUGCCGGCCAGGCAGCUGCAGCCGGCAGUUAUUACUACAGCCAGGGCUACGCUGGUUACAUGGGUUCCUCCACGGGGUCCUCGACGGCUUCCAACGGAGUCUCCUCGGGUCUGGCCUCCGCAGCUCCAACGACGCCAACUCCUACCACGUACCAACUUGCUUUGCCUAUUGACAGUAGGUAUCUGACGACUACCGCAGGUGCCAGCAAUGGCAAAAUGAAGGAAGCAAAUGUAGUAGAUCCGUGCUUAGAUCAAACAAAUUUCCAAGGAGUCGACAGUCCUAGUUCACCGUUAAAGGAUACAGCGUCCAGAGCUCGAAACGGCCGAUCCAGGCGGGGCAACCCAUCCCCAGAUCCAGAAAACAAAGUCGAGAGAGUUUACAUUUGGGAUCUGGACGAGACCAUCAUCAUCUUCCAUUCCCUCCUCACGGGAACUUACGCCAGGACAUUCGGGAAGGACACGGCCAACGCGGUUCAACUUGGGUAUCACAUGGAGAAACUCAUCUUUGACCUGGCUGAUACCCACUUCUUCUUCAACGACUUGGAGGAAUGUGACCAAGUACACAUUGAUGACGUAUCAUCCGAUGACAAUGGCCAAGAUUUAAGCAAUUACAACUUCGCCACAGAUGGCUUCAGCGCAGCCAAUAACAACGCGUCUCUCUGUCUGGGCACUGGGGUGCGCGGGGGUGUGGAUUGGAUGAGGAAACUGGCCUUCCGCUACAGGAAGAUCAAAGAACUCUUCAACAGCUGCAGAAACAACUCUGGAAGUCUCCUGGAUCCAGAGAACAGAGAAAAAUGGCACAGAGUCAGGCAAGACAUAGAGACUCUCACAGACCAGUGGCUGACAGAGUCCAUGAAAUGCCUGCAGCUCAUAGCCAACAGACCAAACUGCGUGAACGUUUUGGUGACCACGACCCAGCUCGUCCCGGCGUUGGCCAAGGUGUUGCUCUAUGGCCUAGGGUCGGUCUUCCCCAUCGAAAACAUAUACUCGGCUACGAAAGUUGGUAAAGAAAGCUGUUUUGAACGCAUAGCAUCUCGCUUCGGGAGAAAACCUGUCUAUGUAGUCGUGGGAGACGGAAGGGACGAAGAGACGGCAGCCAAAGCACUGGACUUCCCCUUCUGGCGAAUUCAGACCCACCACGACUUCAUUAACCUCUACAAAGCUUUGAGUGUCUACGGCCUCUGAGUCCUCAAGACGAGGUCUUCAACGGUUCUCCACUUGCCUCGUAUUUUGAGAUUUCUUUCUAUUUUCAUUUUUUUUCUCUCAAUUUAUCAUCACUAUCGUUGCUUGACAGUUCGUAGGGUAUUCUGUCAAUCGUUCAUCUGGCAGCAAGACUUGAUAUAGUUCUUUCUCUUCUGCCAAAAGCAAUCCAGAUUCCCAAAGCACUUAAAAAAAAAAAAAUUUUUUAGAGAGAGCCCGCUGAUUUUUGCACUGGCAUGCCACAAAGACAUACCUUUAUUUUUCGUUUUUUUUUUUUUUUUUUUUUUUUUUUUAUUCUUUUUUUUAUUAGACUAAUGUACUUCCAUAGAUGUAGAAAUUCUUACAUUGCCAUAUCUAGAUGAUCUCCUCGCUGAAGAUGAUUGAAGUAACUGGGGCUUUUAAUGCCAAGAAGGACAUUUGCCCCCCCACCCCCUCUAUUAUUUGGUUUACGUCUGUAAUUCCCCAUUAAAGUUAUGAACUUGUGAAGUGGAAAUUCCUCCCCACUGUAAUAAAAACAGGGUACUAACUGUUAGUUUCUAAUUUCAUCUUUGCAAGCUUGUUUAAAUAGUUGAAAAGAGAAGCUCCCGAGAGCAGUGUUCACAGCACAAUUCCCAAACAAGUCUUCGACUGUUUUUAAAGGCCAAUACUAUUUUGCGUUUUUCAUUGACUUGGUAGUUUAUUUGUAUAGAAUACGAGUAGAAAAAAAUGGAGAGGUGGUUUUGUUAAGCGCAGUAUUUACUGACCUCGUGUCUGAACCAAAUUGAAAAGGUGUGUCAUCAUCAAAGAAAUUCUUUCAACAGAUUCUCAGCAAAAUCCAAGAAGUUCUGGAGGAGAAAGAGAGUCCCUCUCGUAGUGUAUUUUUCAAGCAUUCUUUCUAGAUUAGAUACAAACAUGACUUCAUUUCUGCAUUGCUGUCAAAGGUAGUAGUUCAGUUUCAAAGCCUAUCAUGAGGUCUCAUGAAUCCCCGAGACUUUUUCUAAGACGCGAGUUGAAAAGUUUUCAAGAACUUUAUGAUGUUUGGUGGUCAAUGAAGAGAUUUGGAAAAAAAUAGAACUUCUGUAUCACUGCUGGUAUGGUAUCAAUGUGGCAUCUGUACGUUUAUUUUCUUCCUCUGGAUUUGCCCGUUUCCAGUUUUUGAAGCUUUUGCCUGGAAUGAUAUAUGCUAGAGUUGACAUCUGACUCAUGGAAAGACGCUUUUAUAAACUGAGGGCGGAAGUAAAGAGAUAAAAGAACAAAUGGAAAACAAGUGAUAAGCCUCUCUCAUGGUAGAGAAGUGUGGUUGAUUCAAACAUUCCCGAAAUACAUAUUCACAUUAUAGAUAUAUACAUAUUAUAUAUUUAAAAGCUUUGCAUAAGCUUGCGUGUGGACUGUACAAAGACUGCAAGUGCAGUACGAACAUUGCAGCUGAGAAGGAGAAGAGUGGUUCAGUAACUGUGUACAAUAGCAUGAAACUCGUCUCUGUGCUUUCACGUUACCUGGAAAGAGUGUCUGGCUAUGACUAACUUCUUCCUGCAGGUACCCGGACAGUUCAGUAUUUAGAAGGUGACUUGAGGAGUGCUUUGGGUAUCGUUUCCCAGUGGUCACCUGGAAAAGUGUAAUUUGAGGAGUGCCCUGGGUAAUGCUUUUCUCAAGGUCCCUGGAAGGGUACUUGAGGAGUGGCCUGGGUAUUUUAUUGCAGCAGUCACCUGGAAGAGUGUACAGUUUUUGGAAAGUAUUUUGAAAAGGGCCCUGGAUACCUGGAAAAGUGUUCGAGUUUAGUUUUCGACAGGUAAACUUGAGGAUUGCCCUGGAUAUUAUUUCCGGCAGGUACCUAGAAAAAGAGUUUGACUUUGGUCCUCAGAGGGUAAUUCCUGUGUAAGUAAGCUGGGUAAUAUUUUCAAAGCAGUUACCUAGAAGGGCAUAGUUUUCAAAGUAUUCUGGGGAUAUUGGUAUCAGCAGGUGCAUAGAAAAGUGUUCCAGUACAUCGUAGUUGCCAGAAAGUAAAUGGAAAAAAGUGCCCUGGGUAUGGUUUCCAACAGAGACAUAGAAAAGUAUCUGAGGACAGCCCUUGUAAUCUCUGGAAAGUGUCCUGUGCAGACUCUGUUUGUUGUUCGGUCGUCCAUAAUGGAAAGUAUGUGUGGCUAUUCAGCCUGGAAAGGAGUGGAGACAAAAGACUGAACUCUGAAGUCAGUGACUGACAGGCUGUGGGACAAGUUGAAGACUUCUCUCUCCUCUGUGCUUAAACACAAUCCUAGAUUGAUUUGAGGUCAUUUAUGUUGUAGCGUUGUUGUUGAGCAGGGUUUAUUUUUUCUGUACAUAUUUCCCUCUCUCGAAGGAGACCAAGAAGAAGAAGAAGGAGAAGAAGAACAGUUUGUCAGUAGAACAAGAUUAUAUUCCAGCGACCAGCCAGCCGUUUUCGAAUCGCUGGGAAUACUCUUCUAGAGAAAAGGCUUCCCUCUAGCUACAGUAGAUAUUUCCUGCUUUUAAACAGUCCAGUUGAAUAGCAUGAAUAAUGCAUAAGCAACGUUCCAUUUAUAUAACCAGAUAAAAACAGAACCCCCCCAUAUACAGUAGUAAUGUUUGUACAAAUUGUAAAGCAUUAGGUGACUGUCUUCAGAUUUUGCUUUGUACCUUAAUACUGUAGUACACGUAGUCUGUGAAUGCUGGAACGCGCGACGGGUCGUCUUAAGACAUCCCUGGAAGGUUCAGGAGGAAGCUCUCGUCUCUUGAAUGCCAGAAGAAGAAGAAGAAGAAGAAGAAGAGGAGGAGGAGCCUUUAUAACCCUGGUUGAAGAACCUGCGACUAGUUGCGUACUGGCAUCUGUCUGAUAAGGACCCCUUGCGUGAUCCAGUGUUCGUUUAAAAUAUUGUGAUAACGCAGUUGAAUUCUUUUAUACUGGAUUUGUAUACAGUGAUCCACAGCUGCUGAUAGAAUACCAUUCUGUCUUAUUUCCAUUGCUUGAGAAGCCAUUUGAUGUAUUUGAAGUUUGUAAUUUUUUUUUUUCGGGUUUCUUAGACAUAAAAAGGCACGUGACAUUUGAUCUGAGUAUUUUUUUAACUUGUGAAUUCACUGAGCCACAAUAAAUCUGACAUUUAAGCUGUAAUUUAUUUUUCGUUGAAUCUAGGUACUGGAAAUCUAUUCUCUUCCCAUUUUUCUAUUAUUUCUCCCAAAAGGAUUAACUUUAGGUCCUGUUCACUCUGUCAUUCUCUGAAGCAGCCAUAGGACUCCUUAGCUUAUAUCCUGCUGCCACGUUGGAAAAGGAUCCUCAUAUAAGACCAUGAAAUUUAUAAGCCAUCUGCUUCUGAUUUUUAAUUUUUUUAUGGACUUGAACUUGCGAUGUUCUCCCUCUUUCAGUUUCAGCGCUGUUCUUGUUUGUAUUAUUAUCCUUUUUUUUAUCCUAUAAACAGUAUUAAUAUAUGAAGUCCUCCUCCUCCUCCUCCUCCUCUCUCUGUCCCUCUCUCUCUUUCCCUCUCUCUCUUUCUCUCUCUUUUGUCAGUAUCUGAAAGAAUGGGCGUCCAUCAACUGUUUAACAGUAAACCAGUUAUUCAUUUAUUGCAGCGUGAUUAUCAUUCCUUUUUUUUUUUUUUAUAAAAUUUAAAACGCUUUCCUGUCAAAUGAGUUCAUUCUAUGCUUUCAUUAAAUUGAAUAUACUGAGUCUGCUGUCCCAAGAUGAAAUUACGGAGAUGAAGAGAUCUUUCUAAAUUGACAACUCAUUAAAUUAUUCUUUAUCAGCCAAGCCAUUACUUGGUAAACUGAGUUAUAAUGCGAGAUUACACUCGGAUCGUAACUGUAGAUAACAUAUAUUGAGUUACAGCAGAAUGAAUACACUGUACGCGAGAAUAAUCUCUAUUAAAUACUGGGGAAAGUCAUAUUUUUCUUUUUGUAGAACGUUCGUCACGAAACUUCAGAUUAUGAUUGUAUAAAAAUAUGAGACUUUGAAUGACUUGGAAUUGAUAAUGUUUGGUUCUCCAGAUAUGAUUCUUGUAUCUAUCAAUAUUCACUUUAUUUGCAAACCUUUCGGAAGGAAUGAAUUUUGUUUUAUCUUUAAACUAUUUGCAAUAUGAUGUAUGAUUAUGUUCACCCAUUAUAAUACUAGUUUUCAAAACUGGUCUACAACAUGUUAAUAUUCACGAAAAAUUCUUUCAGAUGCCUACACAAUAUCUCUCUCUCUCUCUCUCUCUCUCUCUCUCUCUCUCUCUCUCUCUCUCUCUCUCAGUUUAGAUUGGUAGAGGAGAAAUCGCCUGUUUUGAAAGUUGUCAAAGACACAAAAAAUGUCAGAAAAAAAAGCUAUCGAUUUUUCACGGUACACAAAACUGAAUUAAGCACAAGUCAAGGUAGGAAUCUUUUUAUUUUUCAUUUUUUCUUUUAUGAAUAUUUCAUUUUUUCUUGUUGAUGAUAUACUUUUUAUGUUGUGUAAAUCGCAGGCACCAUCUGGAUACUUCUGUAUUCGUAAUUCUUAAAUGUAUGGUUACAACAUGUGAGUAAUAAAUUAAUAUACUUUUA